AUGUCCACCUCCGCACGUCGUCGUCUCAUGCGAGACUUUAAGCGGAUGCAAACUGAUCCUCCAGCAGGCGUCAGUGCUUCUCCGAUUAGCGAUAACGUUAUGACAUGGAAUGCUGUGAUCAUUGGGCCAGUGGACACACCCUUUGAGGAUGGUACCUUCAGGCUUGUGAUGCAUUUCGAGGAACAAUAUCCGAAUAAACCUCCCGGGGUGAAAUUUAUCAGCGAGAUGUUCCAUCCCAAUGUCUACGCCACCGGCGAGCUCUGUUUGGAUAUUCUCCAGAACAGGUGGAGCCCUACCUACGAUGUCGCUGCGAUAUUGACUAGUAUACAAAGUCUUCUGAACGACCCAAAUACAUCCAGCCCUGCCAACGUCGAAGCCUCAAAUCUAUACAAGGACAACAAGCGGGAAUAUGUAAAGCGUGUCCGUGAGACUGUAGAGAAGAGCUGGGAAGGUUGA